AGCUGAUUCACACAUCAUGUCUCUGCCUCCACCCCCGAAAGAGCGUCGGGAGAAAAGCAGACACAAGCUCGCUUGUUCGCUCUGUUCGCGUCGCAAGGUCAAAUGCGACAAGGGUGAUCCUUGUUCCAAUUGCCUCAAAGCGGACGCAAGUUGUCUCUAUGAAGCUCCCUCCCCUCAUCGACCCCGGAAAAGGGCUGCAGAUGAAGAGCUUCUUGCCCGGAUAGCACGGUAUGAAGAUCUCAUGCGGGAGCACAAUAUCGACUUUGAGUCUUACACUCAUACCUGGGUCCACACCAACGUGGACGUGCUUGACGCGACCGAUGCAGGGGGAAGGGAGGUAAACAAAGAGCUCUGUCUAUGGUCAACUUUGAAGCCAGAGCUCCAGUAUCCUCCCAUUCAGACCCUGGGGCACAAAGACGACCCUCUUCUGACUCCUACACUAUCUCUACAACUCAUUGUCUCAGAAGGUCAUCUCGAGCUUCAUGAAUUGCAUCCUGACCCGAGACAUAUCUACCGGUUCUGGCAGAUUUUUGUUGAAAAAGUCAAUCCGAUGACGAAGAUCGUUCAUGUGCCCACUCUGCAGCAGCAAGUCUUGGAUGCAAGUUGGGACCCUGCCAACGCAUCUAAGCCUUUGACGGCCAUUCUGUUCGCCAUCUAUACUCUAGCAGUGACCUCGAUGUCGUCGAAUGACUGCCAGGCCUUCUUUGACGAAACCAGGGAGGGUCUCCUCAGGCGAUAUCGUGCCGCAACUGUUCGGGCCCUUGUCGCAGCAGACUUCCUCACAACAAGAGACCUCGAAGUUCUCCAAGCAUUGGUCCUAUUUCUCUUCUCCAAUCCAGGAUCCGAGCUAUCGACCACCCUGACUGGCGCUGCCAUUCGAAUAGCUGAGAAGAUGGGUCUCCACCUAAGUAGUCACGACCGAAAUAUCUCUUGUUUCGAGAAGGAGAUGCGCAUCCGGUUGUGGUGGCAGUUGCGUGGCCUUGACGCCCGAUGUCGCAUUGAAUCCACUCCGGGUAUCAAGAAGCCGCCACCGCCAUCUGAGCUGGGCGACAUCCGCCUCCCACUCAACGUUAACGACGCGGACUUGCAUCCAGAAAUGACCGAGCCCCCUCUGGAGCACAGCGGCCCUACCGAGAUGAUGUGUGUCUUGUUAAAGCUCGAAGUAUCCAAUUGGUGCCGCUACUCGCCCAACGCGACCAGGCUCUUUGAAGAUGUUCUUGGAGGCCAUGCCAAAGGCAAGAUGUCGAUUGAUCUGCAAAAAAAGGUUAUCAAUGAGCUCGAGGCUAUAUAUCACGAAAAGUACAUUCGCCAUUCAGACGAACGCAUACCGCUCCAUCGACUAACAUGCAAUAUUGCGAAAAUGUCAAUCUUCCGCCUGCGUUUCAACAUCUACCAUCCCCGCCGACGUGCAACGAAGGACGAGACAGAUGUCUACAUAACACAGGAGGAAAGCGAUGUACUAUUCGAGUCAGCGCUCACCUGGCUCACGUCUAUGUCGGAGAUGAGCACGUGCCGCUCAUUUUCACCCCAUUUAUUCGCCCACAUGACCACCAAUGCUCAUAUGGACGCCUAUAUCUACCUCAUCAGCGAAUUAAGGCAUCGGGUUUCUGGAGAACAGGUAGCCCAGGCUUGGGAGCUGGUCGAGAGUCUCUACAGCGAUCAUCCGGAACUCAUCAAUGAUACGAACGAGUUUUUCGUCAUGUUUGGAAACUUGAUCUUGGAUGCAUGGAAGGCCGGCAAUCUCAACACCACGCCGCGAUAUAUCCAGUCGCUCUGGGAUGUGAGACAGAACGUUCUUCCAUCUGCUGGACAAUUGCCUCCUUUUUCGAACCCAGACGAUCCUGAUGGACUGGGACUGGAAGAUGAUAAAGAUUUGAACUGGGUGUAUUGGAGUGAGUUGCUUCGCUUAUGAGCACGGGAGCGGUAAUUGGCAACGCUUAAAUGUAUUCGAUUGAUUCCAUUCUGGGUAUUGCGCUUGUUCCAUUGUCAUAUGUUCGGUUCACCAUGCUGUUUGUAGGGAAUGCAGUGCGCUUAAAUAUCUGGGAAUGAAAAAUGAGUUGAUGGUAGGAAACAAGGGAAAACUUCAGUGGAAAGGAUGGAUGAUGUAGACGCCAGGUGCCUCAGGCAGAUAUCACGUGGUGCUACCGCAUUGAGACGCCUACGUUUGUUGGGCUGACAUUUGGACCACCUCACUAUCUUCACUACUGACCAUGAGCCGACGGAAAACAAACACACAAGACUCAUGGGAAGAUAGACUUCCCUGUUGUUGGGGUUGAUGUACCGGCGCGGUCCGAUUGGCUGGCGGGGAUGAC